AUGGCUUCAACAAAUUCCGAAAAACAGCGUCCCUUUGAUUUUUCAAGGUACCCUAAACGAAGGAUUGCAAUAAUGUUUCUUUAUCUUGGUUGGGAUUAUGAUGGGUUAGUUAAACAAGAAAAUACCUUAAACACUGUAGAACAGACGCUUUUCAAUGCUCUAGUUCGCACAAAAUUGAUAGAAUCAGAAGAAAAUUGUGACUGGACGCGCUGUGGUAGAACAGACAAAGGAGUAUCGGUAUUUUUUAAAUUUUCUAAAAUUAAAAUAUUUUUGUAUUUUGGCAUUUCGACAAGUAGCGGCGUUGACUAUGUAUCAUGCGAAUAUUGUUUUUGGUCAGAGAGAAGCUCCGAGCCUGAACAACGUGUAAAAUCAACACAAGAAUUGCCUUAUGUUAAGAUGCUCAAUGGUGUUCUUCCCAAAUCUAUUCGUGUGAUCGCUUUUGCUCCAGUUGACAAGGAUUUCAGUGCUCGAUUUGACUGUAUUGAACGUGUCUAUACAUACAUUUUCCCCAUGGCAAUGGCUACAAAUUUGAUGGAAAUCAAAAAUGCCUGUCAACGUCUAAUCGGAUCACACGAUUUUCGAAAUUUUUGCCACAUUGACAAAAAUACUGGAAGGAUUGAUAUGUCCUAUAUUCGAACAAUUAAAGAUGCUAAAAUUGAAGAAUUGGGAGAAAACAAUUUUUCUUCUUCCAAAGAAUUUAAUCUUUUAAAAUUAACAAUAAAAGCGAGUGGAUUUUUGUGGCAUCAAAUUCGAUGUAUUGUGACAAUACUUUAUGAGAUUGGCUGUGGAAAUGAAAAAGCGGAGUUGAUUGAUCAACUUUUGGAUGUUGAACUUUUUCCUUCAAGGCCCCAAUACAAACUAGCAAAUGAAUUACCACUUUGCCUAUUUGAUUGUACUUUUUCGGACGGUCAAUUGGAUUGGGAGUAUGAUAAGGGAACAAUUUGCAGUGUUAUUGGUAAUUUAUUCAAAGAAUUUUUUAAAAUUUAUUUUCUAGAAAUUUUACAAAAAAUAUGGGCUGAACAUCAAGUCAAAGCGUCUAAUAUAAGACAAAUGCUUGAAGGACUUGGAGGAAUGAUCAAUAAUAAAAUGGAAAAUGGAGAGACUAGCAGGGAAAAUGAUAUUAAAGGAUUGGAUGAAUUUAUUAGAAAUGGACCUACUCCAAAGAAAUAUGAACAAAUUGCAACAAGACCUCGUUGUAUGGGCCUUUCAGAAAUUCGUGAUAAAAUAAAUAGAAAAAGAAAAGCAGAAGAAAAUAUUGAAGAACAUUCUUUGGAAGAAAUUAAAAAUGAGGAUGACUAA